AUGUGUAAUAAUGAUAAGGUGUGGUUAUCUUCGUUGACGCCCAGCACGUCUGCAAGGAAAGGCUUUGGGAAGAAGUUCAGACCAGUAAAGUAUACUCAGCAAUAUGCAGAUCUGGAAAUUCGUCUGUGGGAAAAGGCUAUGCAGGAGUUGAAAACGCAGAACGCUGAUCGAAAAGCCGCGAUGAAAAAGGAGGAGGAUAACAUCGCGAGGUUUCUAUCACAGCGAGAGAACACGAUCUUAGAGGAAAAAAGGCAAGCGGAGACAGAUAAAGAACAAGCGGAGAAGGUCCAACAAGCGACAGAAGUCAGGAGAGUGUUAAAGACACUGAAUAACGAGGCGGAAGCCGAUGCAAGAGCAGGGGGGAAAGGCAUGGGGAAAAAGCAGAGAGGAAAUGAGACAAGCCAAACAACUAGACUAGGAGAAGGUCCUAGGUCGCAAGGAAAGAUUCAUAGACGAGAGGAUCAGACCAUUGGAACAGAUCAAAGUUCCAAGGGAGGAAGGCGAGGACACAGUACCAAGCAGGUCAAAGAUAAACGAACAUGA